UCAGCUUCGAGCAUCAGGUGGACGUCUCUCUAAACCAAGGCUGGCAAGAUUUACUCUAGAGACAGCGACAACGCACCCUGAUUUAAAACAUAAGAUAUCAUAUUAACUGUAUCAGUUGCCAUAUUUGUAAUAACCGUCUCAAACAUAGCAGUCAAGGGGGGAAAGAAACCGGAGAAACAUUAGACAACAGGUUCAGCCACGUGUUUAGAGCCAUAGAACAAGACCAUAAUGGGCCGAAAGAAGAUCCAGAUCUCUCGUAUUCUGGACCAGAGAAAUCGACAGGUGACAUUCACCAAGCGUAAGUUUGGUUUGAUGAAGAAGGCGUACGAGCUGAGCGUGCUCUGUGACUGUGAGAUCGCCCUCAUCAUCUUCAACAGCACCAACCGCCUGUUCCAGUACGCAAGCACCGACAUGGACAAGGUGCUGCUCAAGUACACCGAGUACAGCGAGCCCCACGAGAGCAGGACCAACACGGACAUCCUGGAGACCCUGCGCAGGAAGGGCCUGGGUCUGGACGCGGCCGAGCUGGAGACGGACGAGAGCGUCCAGGAGGGGGCGGACAAGCUUCCCCUCAGCGAGGGCAUGGAUCUCUCCGUCGCCAGGCAGCGCUGCUACGCUCCCUCCCUCCUCUCCCCAGAGGCCCAGUACUUGGUGUCUGCAGGCUGUGAGAACGGCUUCUCCAACCCGGGCUUGGCUGCCCACAGACCCCAGGCCUUCAAGCCCCUGGGCACCAGGCCGGGGUCAGCUGGCCCCACCAGCCCACACGCUCACGCUGCCUUCAUGACACCACACUCAGGUAUUGGCUACUCGAUGUUCUCCCAUGGCAACCUGAGUCGGGCCUUGGAGAUGAAGAGUUCGCCCCCGCUGAAUCUGGGUAGUGAGAACCGGAGGGGAGAGACCCACCCUGGGAUGGUGGCCUCCCGUACCAACCUCAACACCGCUAGAGGCCUGCUUUACCAGAGCAUGCACCCAGGAAGCCCCAUGGUGACCAUGGGCAAAUCAGGCCUGCUGGGAUACAACCUGCCCUCCACCGGACCCCCAGAGUACAGUCCUGCAGGUUUCUUACAGCGGACCCCGGCCAACCCCUGGCAGACCCAGCAGCUCCAGGAUCAGCACGGAGCUCACCUCAGCCCAGCAAUGUCCAGCAGAGGGUGCUCCUUCCCCUCCCAGACUUCCACCCCCACCCCUCCACCUCACCCCUCCCUCAACCUCACCAUCAAAUCCGAACGGGCCUCGCCCGAGCACAUCUGCUCCCCAGCAUCCCCGCCCCGGCACCACCUGAGGCAGCAUUCUCCAAUGAGCAACUCCGAUUCCACUCACCACUCCCCCCUGGAACCUUAUACUGCCAAUGAGCUGGAGGACUUCUCCAAGGGGGGCUACCCGCCUGCCCACCACACCUUGGAGGCGAAAGGGGGGUUGCCACUGAGGCAAUUAGAGAUCAGCGAUGGGUGGCAGAGAUAGCCGGCGGGGCCCUACCAACACCACGUGCCUGGC